CGACCUCGGCUCGGGAUGCUAUCGGGCUCCAGCAUCCAGCUUGAGGUGGCAGGCUCGCUCGAGCUCGGCUCAUUGACAGCCCUCCCCACUCAGGGCUCAGGGCUUCAGGCUCAUCUCUGUUUCUCCCCCCUUUCCCUUCUCUCUGACUCUCUGCUCCCUUGGUCUUCCUUCCCUGGCGGCGACGACUGGGCGAGCGGCGGCGCCAUUCGCCACGUCUUCGCCCACCCCUUUGCCGGCGACGAGUAUCCACCAUAUCCGGUGUACCGCCAGCAAGGAGGCCUCGCAAAUCGCAAUCCCCUCCGGAGCAACAAGGCAACAAGCUGUUGGAAUAUGGACCAACAUGGCAGGGAUGACCAUGAAGGGGUCCAUGUUGUUGGAUUUGAAGUCCCACCUUCACCGGAUGCUAGCUACAACAACCCUGUUCCUGGAAAUGAAGAUGAAGGUCGGGAGCCCCCAUUGGUCCCUCCUCAUCUCCAGCAUACGGUACUGAGCUUCCCACCAAGCCAAGAUGAAUCAAGCCCCCUACCUCAACCCCAGACCGUUGUGCUCAACCACCUUUACAUCGAGAAAGAGAACACAAGAUCCGUGGUUGCUCUGGGGAUCACACACCGGUUCAGGGCGAAGUUUGUGACAGUUGUUCUUUACAAGCCAGUGCUGAGGCGGUAGGGUGUGGCUAUUCUGUGCCUUGCUCCUGCUUCCAUUUCUCUGCUCAGGAAUGGUAAUUAAACACGCUUGGGUUGGGACCCACCGAAACAAAUAGAACCCCUCUCCUGUUGUAGUUGUGCAGAUUCUGCAUAAACAGAAGAAACCCCUGUUGUAGUCGGUGCAGAAACAUGCAAGAAACCUAGGCUGCCCGUCAUUUUCGAAUGAUUAGCCGUGUACUUAAUUGGCUGUUGGUGGUGGCAAUGAUGGUCCUGUUGUAGUUAUGAUCUGCGCAGCUUAACUCAGUGUUGUGUCGUUGACAAAAUAGUGAGAAUCUGUCUGGUGAUGUA